UUAGAAGAUGUCAAUGGUUAAAAAAGGCAACUGUAAAUGGAUUAAUUCAAUCAUCGCUCUGUGCACUGCCGUAAAAGGGGCGAAGGGCGGAAGCGGAGCCUCCGAUCUCGGGCGACUGUUCGGCGGUCCCAAUAUCGGCCGAUACGGAGCGGCUCUGUAAGUCGGUACAGCAAACUCAACAAUAUUUAUUUUACUUUUUAAAAAGGAAAGAUAAACUCACUUUCUUUCAUAAUAUUAUGGUGUCUGGAGUCAUCUGACUUAAUUUAAUUGAAAUUGAAAACACUAUCUUCAAAAUAAUGGCUGAGAAGAAAGAUCACUGGUCCUCCGAGGCGUACCAGAAUUCGGCCUCAUUCGUGCCCAAACUCGCAACUAAAAUUGUGCAAUGGCUUGACCCUCAAAAAGACGACGUGAUCUUGGAUAUCGGCUGCGGUGACGGCGUGGUCAACAUUCAAAUGCAAGAGAUCCUAGCUCAGGGCAGCGGCAGCAUCCACGGCACUGACUCCUCGCCGGCCAUGAUCGAGGCAGCCAAGAAGCAAGCUAGCAAAGCCGGAGCCUCAAAAUGUACCUUUGAAGUCGCCGACGCCCUCCAACUCCCGCAAUUCCCACACCUCCAAGACGGCCACUUCACAAAGCUCUUCUCAAACGCAGCCCUGCACUGGGUCCUCGGAUCCACCAAAACCACACCAUCCCCAUCCUCCUCACAAACCGCCUUCUUCGCCUCCGCGCGCAACGCGCUCGCGCCCGGCGGAACUUUCGCCUUCGAGAUGGGCGGUCUGGGCAACGUAUCCGAGAUGCGCGCCGCGCUACUCUCCGCCGUCUCGCGACACGCGGCGGGCGGACUAGACGCCGCAGUGGCGGCGGACCCGUGGUUCUUCCCGGACGAGGCGUGGGUGACGCGGGUGCUGGAGCAGGACGUAGGGGGCUGGAAGGUCGAGCGCGCCGAGCGCGAGUACCGGCCCACGACUGCUGAUGCGGGAGGCGUCGAGGGCUGGGUGCGGCUUUUCGGGGCGCCGUUCUUCGAGGCGGUAGAGGAGGGGGAGAAGAGGGAGAGGUGCAUCAAGGAAGCUGUGGAUGUACUGGAGGUCGUGUGUCGGAAUCCGAGUGGGGGGUUCCACUUGGGGUAUGUGAGAUUGAGGGUUUUGGCGAGGAAAGUGUGAAUGGAUGGAAUACUUUUCUGAAGUGAUAUAGGCAGGAUGUUUGACCAAUGGAUUUGUAGUGCCUUGGUACCAGUAGUAUUUAAAAACUAGCACACUGAAGUCAGCAGGGGAUCAUGACGAUUGCAAGUAUUAAUUCUAUCGGUCUAAUGGAGAUCUAAUUAUGAUUAACACUAGACAGCAAUUUGGCUU